GGAAAUGUAAGACGAGCCUGAAUUCACUCCCUGAAAGCAAAUUCUCAAAAGAACCUUCCCUUCAUCUUGACUGUAUCAGUCUGUCCAUAUUUAUCGAUUUAACAGCGUGAAAGAACAGGCAAAGAAGAAAAAUGUUGUUUGCUGUAGAAACCUGGAUCUUAGCCAUUGUAUUUGUAAUUCUUCUUGCAAUAUAUGGAAUAUGGCCCUAUGGGUUUUUCAAAAAACUAAAUAUUCCUGGCCCCAAGCCACUGCCCUUUAUUGGAACUUUUCAUCAUAACAGUAAGGGUUUUUUCAACUUUGACUUGGAGUGCAUGCAGAAAUAUGGAAAAAUAUGGGGUAUUUAUGAUGGAAGACGACCGGUACUAACGACUGUGGAUACAUCAAUGAUCAAGACAAUCUGGGUCAAAGAAUGCCUUACCACUUUUACUAACCGGCGGAAUUUUGGUUUGAACGGGAAGCUGGACUCUGCCCUUACUGUAGUAGAGGAUGAACAAUGGAAGAGAAUCCGCAGUGUGCUAUCACCAAAUUUUACAAGUGGGAGGUUGAAAGAGAUAUUUCCCAUCAUAAAGCAGUAUAGUGAAAUUCUCGUAAAAAACAUGCAGACGAAAGCUGAUGCCAAAGAACCUAUCGAAAUGAAAGAGAUCCUCGGGGCCUACAGCAUGGAUGUCGUAGGUAGCACAUCGUUCAGUAUAGACAUCGACUCCUUGAACAAUCCCAGUGAUCCAUUUGUCAUCUAUAUGAAGAGAGCUCUUAACUUCAAUAUCCUCAGUCCAUUAUUCAUCAUUUCAGUAACAUGUCCUUGGCUCAUUCCUCUUUUUGAGAAAUUGGAAUUCAGUUUGUUCCCUAAGGAUGUAGUGGAAUUCUUUUUCAAAUCUUUCCAGAAAAUCAAGGAAAAAAGAAGAAAAGGAGAUCAUACCAAUCGAGUGGACUUUCUGCAGAUGAUGAUUGAUUCUCAGGCAUCUGAUACAGUCACUGUUCCCAGUGAUGGAAGUUAUAAAUACAAAGCUCUAUCAGAUCGUGAAAUUGUGGCUCAGGCGGUUCUGUUCAUACUUGCUGGAUCUGAAACCACAGGAGCUUCCCUCUCUUACUUGAUAUACAAUGUAGCCAUGAACCCUGAUGUACAACAAAAGCUCAUACAAGAAGUCGACAAGACCUUUCCCAACAAGGCUUCUUUGACAUAUGAUGCUUUAAUGCAAAUGGAAUACCUAGAUAUGGUAUUAAAUGAAUCCUCGAGACUGUACCCCAAUGGUGGGCGUGUAGAAAGAGUUGCCAAGACAUCUGUUGAAAUAAAUGGUGUGACCAUUCCCAAGGGAACUGUCAUCAUGGUACCACUUUAUGCCUUACACCGUGUCCCAGAAUACUGGCCAGAGCCAGAAGAAUUCAGGCCUGAAAGAUUUAGUAAAGAAAACAAAGCAAUGAUGGACCCGUAUGCCUUUUUGCCAUUUGGAGCAGGCCCUCGGAACUGCAUUGGAAUGCGAUUUACACUUCUCAGCAUGAAAGUAGCCCUUGUCAAAAUGCUGCAGCACUUCUCCUUUGCACCUUGCAAGGACACACCAAUCCCUAUGGAAAUUGACACUAAGGCCUUCAUGACACCCAAAAAGCCUGUCUUUCUUAAAGUUACACCCAGAUCUACUGCUGAGUAAAAAUGUCAGUGGCUUUCAAUAAGUUUACUACAGAAUUCCUUCCAGAGAACUAAGAACCAUAACUUUGGAUGCCUUACAGAUUUUAUUCACUCUGAUGCUGAGUUCUCUGUUAUGGGGAUGUAGUUUUCCAAUUACACUACUAUGAAAAUAAAUGGAAAUUAAACAUUCAUAUUAUCAGUAAACCCUUCUACAGUACAGUACUUUUCUAAGUGUCAAUGCUGGUAAGAUAAUUACAGACAGUGCCAGAUCUUUUGGCAUUAGAGGAAAGGAAUGCUGCAACUAAGUGAGAAUAUUUUCAUAUCUAAAAUCCUCUCACAAUUACCCUUUGCCUUUCAUUUUAACAGCAGUCCUACACCUGUUGAAACUACUAGCAUUAUGGAAAGGUGCACACAAAAUUUGUGUGUGUGUGUGGGGGGGGUGUAAGCAGAGACCAAAAUUUCUGGAAGGCUUUGGAAGAAAGUAACUUUCUGAAACUGCUAACAUUAAAUAAUCAUGGUGAAAAGUAUGUUUUAUAAGCACACAGAAGACACUGCAUCACCUAACAUGGAUGGGUUAGGUUCAUAUUCUCUACCAGUCAGAAUCUGGCGUACAAACUGGGAGAAUCCUGCAUUUAAUGAUGACUGCAUACCUUUGUGAAUGCAUACCAUUAUAGUAUGACAUUACACACAGAUACACAACGCUGCUCAAACUGGGAGAUUCCUGCAUUUAAUGAUGACUGCAUACCUUUGUGAAUGCAUACCAUUACGGUAUGACAUCACACACAGAUACAUAACGCUGCUCGCUCCCUAAGUGCAGCAUUUUUUUUUGCCACUUGUACAGUUUAGUUUGGAUUAUGAUCUUUUACCAUCAUCAUUUAAGUUUCUACAUGCAUCAUGCAUACACAUAGACAGCAUUCUCAGUGCCCAUGUGGCUAUAAAGUUACUGGUCAAGGCCUGCAUCAAUAUUGCUGUUACUGUCUUAGGAAGAGCUAUGAUGUAUGUGAAAUCAGUGUUUCAACACCUCCACUCAGAUGUGCCAUAUUGAAGAAGUUCACAAGGGGAAAGCCAUGAGGGUCUGUCAUGCAGCCCAAUACAUAAUUCACAACAUAAUCUCAAUGGCAUAUAAAUCAAAAAGCAGGUCACAGACUAGCCCAACAGAAAACAACCCUGGAGUUAAACUAGACUCCAGGUCUCUGAAGGUUUUGAACUCAUCCUUGUCUAGUGAGUGUUGGAGUCCAUGUCAGUCCUUAGUUAUGGGGAACAGCAUGACAACUGAGGAGAAACACUUUGGACUCCUACCUUGGGAGGUGUAUGCAGAGAUGUUGCUGACAUUCAUCUUUCAGUUGACUAGGUGGAGCUUUAGGCCAAAUAACCUGAUUCCCCAGAGUUACCUCAUGAGUCUUGAAAUCACAGACUGGUAGAACUCAGCGUUGAGUUCUCCCCUCCUUGGAACCAAGGCUAGGUAUGAUAAUGAUUACUUGUGUCAUCCAACACGUGUCAGGAUUUAGGUAUUAAACAAAUGUUUGCCUGGUGGAAGUCUGAGUCAUGGAUGCAAAAUUACAUUUUUAGGAAAUAUGGCCUGACACUUCUUGAGCAUGAUAGGUGCUGCUGCCUAUCAAAGACUCCAAAACUUUGGAUAGGUGUAGUAAGGGAGAGUGUAGUUAUUUGCUACACUGGGGCUAAGAGACAAUUAUUUAUCUUCUCUAAGUUCUAUUCCCACAGUGCGGGAAAGGCUCUGGAACAGUGUGAGGACAUCCAUAAAUCCGGGCACAAGGGCAACCUUCUUGACCUGUCUGUGACUUCUAAAACUAGUUUCCACAUUGUGCACUGUAACUUUGUGCAGGUGUUUUAGCUAGUUCUGAAGGCUCAGGGGUGUAACCGCAUAGGAUGCAUUAUUUAGGUAAUCAUCCCUUAAGGAGGCUAUUGCUGCAGGCUCAGGGGUAUAACUAAACAGGAUGCAUGGUUUAGGUUAUCGUCCCUUAAGAAGGCUAGGGCUACAGGCUAAUGAGGUGUAGCUGCCCAGGAUGUAUUGCUUAGGUUAUCCUCCCUUAAGGAGACUAGGGCUGCUGGCUCAGAGGUGUAGCUGCAUAAGAUGCAUUAUUUAGGUUAGGUUAUCGUACCUUAAGAAGGCUAGGGCUGCAGAUUCAGGUGUUUCACACCAUAACAUACACUGUUUAGGUUAUCCUCCCUUAAGGAGACUAGGGUUGCAGGCUCAGGGAUGUAGCUGUACGGGAUGCUUGGUUUAGGUUAUCAUACCUUAAGAAGGCUAGGGCUGCAGAUUCAGGUGUUUCGCUGCACAACAUACACUGUUCAGUUAUCCUCCCUUAAGGAGGCUAGGGUUGCAGGCUCAAGAAUGUAGCUGUAUGGGAUGCUUGGUUUAGGUUAUCCUUGCUUAAGGAGGUUAGGAUUGCAGGUACAAAGGUGUGCCUGCACAGAAUACAUGGCUUUAGAUAUACUCCCUAAAGGAGGAGUUCGGAAACAAGAUCAUAAAUGUCCACAUAAAAAGGGAUGUGUUAGUGUUCUUUCACCAGCCCACUAAGAACCUAGUCCAUGACAUUUGGAGGAAGAAACAGACCCUUACCUCAGUCGAAUGAGAGCCUAAAUGAACCUCCUAUCUCUGACCUCUUUUAUUUCCAAAGUAAUAAAAUACAAAAAAGGAAACAGCCUCACAUUUUAAGUAGCACAGAGUUUUGCCCCCCUGUCCUAAGAUUUCAAAGAACAUGACCCUGCCAGUAGCUCUGUUGCAGUACUGACUUUAAUCUGUGACUGCCAGUGGAGGUCAGUUCUGAGUUGGCCUCAGCUUGGAGAUCCAUCACAAAAACUAGACAACUCUAUAUGGGGGUCACUUCUGGCCAGGUCCUUAAACUCACUAGCCUUCCCUUAGAAAGCAAUCUGAAGGUGGAUUAGAACACCUUGAGAAAGUGCUAGGGACAAGCACAGGCUUUAGUGAUCAAAGGGGCUGUAGAGGGAUGCCCUAAUUUUCGGAAAGGGGUGGAGGGUUUACUUCCACAUUCUACUAGUCAUAAAGGGAAUGGGCAAAUUGUUUUCUGUUCUGCACCACAGCAACUGAAACCAUAUUGAUGCAUUCAUUUUGAAAUGACCACCCUGCAGAUUCAUGCCCUUGCACCAACAGGGUGUUAUCACUGAACAUAAUAGACACUAUCUAGCACAUCAGGAUUUAGCAUCCACACAGGAUAUUCCCUGAAUUUGCAUUGUUUAGUCAUCACUUCCAGUACAAAAUAUUGCCAUUUGAGCUUUCUUCAGUGGCCUUGUUCUUUGAAAUUUGGGCAACAGUGACAAACAUUUUGCAUGAGAAAAAUCUCUAAACAUUUCCUUACCUGGAUAAUUGGCCUAUGGUGGACCCAUCUAGAGAAUCACUGAAAGCAUUAGUGCUGGGGUUGUUCAUGUUGCUUCAGUUUUUUUAGGAUUGUGAUAUAAAUUCUCUCUUACUGCUGCUCAGAGGCCUACUUUGACAGUAAUAGAACUAGACAGUCUAAUGUCAUUUUUUAGCACCUGGAGAUCAAGGCUGAGAGUGAAGUUUGGAGUUCAAGUUUUGAUGCUAUGGAAUUCCACAGUUCAACCACUGCCUCCUUUUUUCUCUCAUGCCUGCCAACCAGUUGUCUUGAUCCCAUUUAUUCCCCCAUUGCUUUGGUGGUUUCCAUGUCAGGGAUGAAAUACAAGCGAAACAGAAUGUCAUCAUUCAGAAAACUAUGGGAGGUGGGCUUUAUGUUUAAACCUCAGUGUCCCUGCAUCAGCCUCACGUACAAGUGAGCCUAGAUUAUAUCCCUGCUACAUCACCCUGAUAAUUGUACAUGCUUUUGUGUACAAGUGAAGCUGCGACUACCAUGAGAUGCAUAGCUUAGUGGUUGCUUAUAUAUAAGUCUUUGUAAUGCAUGCUACAACACCCCCCAAUGGCUGUCAGCCAUGCAGUGGGUUAGGGUAUCUCCCUUCCCAUGAUAGGAGAGCUACUGUCAACUACUCACUCCCAUAUUUAUCCAUUGGCUCCUCCAGGGCAUGGUUUGCAAAAAAGUUUACAGGUGGGGGUUUAACCCUCUGUCCCACAUAGCUAGUGGGUUUUACAAGGCUCAUUGUGCAUUUGCAUGACUGAUGACUGUGAGAUAUCAGUGGCUUCAGAUACCAUGGGUUCACAGACCUGCCCUGAGUGUGAAACUAUUGCUUUGCAUUGGUGUAGUCAACACUUACUACCAACCUCUUGAUAGGUCUUCCUUUUCUGUAACUGAAUCCAUCACAGAAUCUGGUAACAGACACUUUAUUUGCUGGUUGCAGAGUUCAUCUUAGCUCCUACAUAUUGCAAUUUGUGUGGUCAAUCCUACGGUAGAAGCAGCACAUCUAACAGAGGUACGAGCUAAAAUGGAAGGAUAUCCUCCUGGUGUUAAGAGCCCCUGCUAAUCUAGUCAGACAACCAGUUCAAAAAUGAUAGAGUUAUACCCAUUUUAAAGGGGAGCUGAUGCUCACCUGGCAGUAGGCUGCAUACAAAAGCAUGCCUUUUAGCUACUCCCAUUACUGGGGAAGUGAACAAGCUGGCAAACUUUCCAAGCUGCUUCUCCAAUCUUCUCCUGAAGUUGAAGAUUCAAAAGCCAUGCCUGAGCCAAGUAUUAUGGAAGAGGUUAGUUCACAGACUGAGCUCAUCUUUACCUCAUAGGAAAAUGUUGUCUAGCCCAUUACCUGCUUAGUUCAUCAGGACAAGGGUGGAUGGUGGUGAUAGAUGUGUUCUCCCUCCUCUUGAUUGGGGGAAGCCUGUAAGCAUUCCCACCAAUCUUUCUGGUCCCAAAUCAAAUCCCUAGUGACAGAAGAAACUGUUCCAAUCCAAGCCAUGAAUGUCUCCAUCUCUUGGAAGGGCUCUUUAUUUAAACCAUUUAAUCCAAAUGGGGUCCUCUGGGGGGGGGGUCUCUGACAUUGUAGCUGCUAAGAAAGCUUUCCCUCAACAGGCCCAUGCCUGCAAGUGGAAAAGUUUUAGUUUGAGCAAUUCUGUACAUCAUACCACCUUAUCUGGUCAAAUUACAGCUGAUCUGAUACAUCACAGGCACCUUUAUGAUUUUGGCCUCAAUUAUUCCACACCCAGAGUAUAUGCAUCUGUUAUUUCUCCACAUUAUGGCCUUUGGGGAGGGGGCAGAGCUGUACCCCAGGAUUGGCUGGUCAUGCAGAUCCUUAAAGGAGUGCUGCAUCUUCAUCCUUUCUGGAAAUUGGUGCAGGAGAUUAAAGAGCUAACAAGCUGUUUCUUGUAGUCCUAGAUUCAAUUCCCUCAGCGCCCAUUGUCCACUUGUGUCUCUGAUUGAGUCACUUAACCAGACAGCGUUCUCAGCAGUGUCUGAAAACUGUCCAUAAAGAUCAGUGUUCUAACUGCAUCAACAA